AUGAGUAGUACUUUUCAGGUUUAUCCGCCCUCGCUCAUCCGACUUCUUUGCUCUCCCUACACGGUAAACUAUGUCGACUCAUACCCACGCAAGCAUAGCCGCAGGCGGUACGUAAAUUGGGGUCCUGACUCUCUACAUCUUGGCUUGCAGCCAAUUGAGUCGAACUAUCUUCACAGUCUUCGCAGCCUGAGAAUCACUGCUACGUCCACUUCGUUCCCGAGGAGUUCCAUUCAGGCUGCUUUGCCUGGACUGCCUCAAUUUUCGACUGAUUCUUCUGUGCCAUCUACUAACAGUUUGGCCACCACCACCGUUGCUGUUACCUGCAGUGAAUUCAGCACGAGCUGCAAUACCCUUGAUUUGUCAGCUAGUGUUGCUGAUGGUGAUUAUAGCUGCAACCAUAGGCUUGGACUAAGCCAUGUGGCCAAACGAUACCCCUGCUCAAAUGAACAUGCAGCCCUAAAGGGUGGGUUGGCAGAUAAGUCUUGUAUCAAAUGGAUGACUAAACUAGUAGUUUAA